AUGGGCGCACCACCAACCAAGAAAGUUGCCUUCGUCACGGGCGCCAAUGGAAUCAGUGGCUUCAAUAUCAUUGAACACCUCGUUCGGCAGCCUAAGGAGGAAUGGGCCAAAAUUAUCGUCACUUCCAGACGACCCCUCCCAAACGCCUGGAUCGACCCGCGUGUCAAAUUCGUUGCAGUAGACUUCCUCGAACCAGUUGAGAAGAUCAUGGAAACGCUCAAAGACAUCUGCGCUGAUGUAACGCACGCUUUCUUCACGUCGUACGUCCACAGCGAUGAUUUCAAGCUCUUGCGUGAACGCAAUGUCCCUCUUUUCCGGAAUUUCAUUGAUUCCGUUGAUGCUGUUUGUCCCAAGUUGGUGCGGGUUUCGCUCCAAACUGGUGGGAAGUACUACGGUGUCCACCUUGGUCCUGUGAAGGUUCCCCUUGAGGAAUCCUUCGCUCGCUAUGAUGAUCAAGGGUUCAACUUUUAUUAUAACCAGGAGGAUUAUCUGCGAGAGGUUCAGAAGAGGAGAGGGACUUGGGGGUGGAAUGUUAUUCGGCCUAAUGCUAUUAAUGGGUUUGCGCCGCAUGCAAACGGCAUGUCGGAAGUCCUAACCAUCGCAAUCUACAUGUUGAUCUGCCGUGAAUUGGGCCAGCCUGCCAACUUUCCCGGGAAUGAAUACUUCUGGAACUCUAUCGAUGACAACUCCUACGCCCCCAGUCUAGCCGAUCUGUCUGUUUGGACUGCAUCGCAGGAUCACUGCAAGGAUGAGGCAUUCAACCAUGUGAAUGGCGAUGUUUUUGUUUGGAAGUACAUCUGGAAGGAUUUUGCUGCUUACUUUGGUCUUGAGGUUCCAGAGCCCAACUUUCAAAAGGCGGCCGGGCAAGCUAAGACUCUAUCCAAUGAAAUCGAUAUGGUGGAAUGGGCGAAAGACAAGCGUGAAGUGUGGGAACGCGUUGUUGCCAGGUACGGCGGUAAAGCCGAGGCGUUUGAUUGGGGAACCUGGGGGUUCUUCAAUUGGGCCACUGGCAAGUCCUGGUUGACAAUUUCGUCUAUGAACAAGGCGAGGGAAUUUGGCUGGCAUCGGAAUGAUUCCACUUUUGAUACCUGGAUUGAAACCUAUCGCUCUUUUGAGAAUGCGGGGGUUAUGCCUGAAGUUGAUCUUUUGAAGAGGAUUUGA